UCUGCUGUCGCGCCGAAGUCAGUUUGUUGUUGUUGUUUGGGGGAACUAGACACUCGAACUUUCUUCAUCUGUUCGUGUGAGAAACCUUUCUUUUAUAGCCCGUGGUGACGCUCCUAUAUUUUGAUAAUGUGUGGAAUCUUCGCCUACCUGAACUACCUGACCCCCAAGCGCCGCGAGGAGAUCAUCGAGCUUCUGGUGCGAGGACUGGAGAGGCUCGAGUACCGCGGCUACGACUCCGCAGGUAUUGGCAUCGACUCCGUGGACGGCGGCGUGUGCCUCAUCAAGCAGACGGGCAAGGUCAAGUGCCUCCGUGACAAGAUCGAGGCCCAGAAGGAGAAGCUCGCCUUCGACAAGGAACAUGAGGUCCACAUCGGCAUCGCCCACACCCGCUGGGCCACGCACGGUGUCCCCUCCGACGUGAACUCCCACCCGCAGCGCUCCGGCGAGGGGAACGCCUUCGUGGUCGUGCAUAACGGAAUUAUUACCAACUACAAGGACGUGAAGCAGUUCCUCAUCCAGAAGGGCCAUAAGUUCGAGUCCGAGACAGACACUGAGGUGAUCGCCAAGCUGACCGAGCACCUUCACCACCUGCACCCCUCCUACUCCUUCAGGGAACUCGUCGAGCAGGUGGUGCAACAGCUGGAAGGAGCCUUUGCCCUUUGCUUCAAGAGCAAGCACUUCCCAGGAGAGGUCGUGGCCACCCGCCGAGGCUCUCCCCUGCUCGUGGGCAUCAAAACCAAGACCAAGUUGGCCACAGACCACAUCCCCGUUCUCUACAGCAAGGAUGUGUACGAGUUCGGAGGACGUUCACUGGGUGCAAGAGAGAGAGAUCAUCGUCCCCAUGCCAACGAUAUCCCCGCAACAGGAUUUAACCGCACACAGUCCACUACAGAAUUCCUUCCCUUGGGCGAUGACAGGGAAGUGGAGUACUUCUUUGCUUCUGACGCUUCAGCCAUCAUUGAGCACACAGACCGUGUCAUCUACCUUCUGGAUGACGAUGUAUCCAGUGUAGACACAGAAGGUGUUCUGAAGAUCCAUCGUCUCAAACGCUCUCUGGAAGAUACACAUGCCCGUGAAAUCACAACCCUCAAGAUGGAGAUUCAGCAGAUCAUGAAGGGCAACUUCUCCUCCUUCAUGCAGAAAGAAAUCUUUGAACAGCCUGAGUCUGUGGUCAACACCAUGAGAGGGCGCAUUAACUUUGACCGAGAGACUGUUGUCUUGGGAGGCAUCAAGGACUACAUCAGUGAAAUUCGCCGUUGUCGCCGUUUGCUACUUAUUGCUUGUGGAACAUCAUACCACUCAGCUAUUGCAACAAGGCAGUUGUUAGAAGAGCUCACUGAACUCCCUGUUAUGGUUGAUUUGGCCUCAGACUUCCUUGACCGCAACACACCUAUCUUCAGAGAUGACGUGUGCUUCUUUAUUUCACAGUCUGGAGAAACUGCAGAUACUCUCAUGGCUCUCAGAUACUGUAAACAACGUGGCGCCCUGAUUGUAGGAAUUACUAACACAGUCGGCUCUUCUAUCUGCCGAGAGUCUCACUGUGGAGUGCAUAUUAAUGCUGGACCCGAGAUUGGUGUUGCUUCCACAAAGGCCUACACUUCCCAGAUGAUUUCUCUUGUUAUGUUUGCCCUCAUGAUCUCAGAGGAUCGCAUCUCAGCCCAGCCCCGCCGUUCAGAAAUUAUUCAGGGACUGCACAAGCUUCCAGAGCAGAUCAAGGAGGUGUUGAGUCUGGAUUCAAAGAUUCAGGAGAUCAGUAAAGAAGUGUUUGAGAAGAAAUCUUUGUUGGUUCUUGGUCGUGGCUACAACUAUGCAACCUGCCUUGAAGGGGCUCUGAAAAUCAAGGAAAUCACAUACAUGCACAGUGAAGGUAUUCUUGCUGGAGAACUUAAGCAUGGUCCCCUUGCCCUGGUUGACAGAGGCAUGCCCAUCAUCAUGAUUUGCACACGUGACAAUGUAUUUGUGAAAUGCAUGAACGCACUCCAGCAAGUUACGGCUCGUGAAGGAAGGCCAAUUCUCAUCUGCCACAAGGGUGAUGAGGAACCACAGAAGUAUGGUUCUAGUGUUCUUGAGGUCCCCAAAACAGUUGACUGUCUCCAAGGUCUCCUCACAGUCAUUCCUAUGCAGCUACUUUCUUACCACAUUGCUGUCCUCAGGGGCUGCAAUGUAGACUGUCCACGAAAUUUGGCAAAGUCCGUUACUGUAGAAUAAAAUUGUCUUGUCAAUAUCCUGCAUUCUUCCUGUGCUCAUCUCAUUGUUCUUGUAUUGAUCCACAACAUUUAUUGUUGGUGAAUGAAUUAUAGCUGUAAUAUUUGUAUUUUUCAAGGUAUUAGAGGAAAUCUUAUAUAUUAGGGUUGGGAAAAUUCAGGCACCAAAUAUAUUGUUGCAGGAAAGAAUUUUAAGGUGAGCCAGAUGGUAUGUAAGUUUCCAUCUGUGAUUGUUUGAUGCUAACCCGUAUCUAGGUUGUAAUCAGAAUGAUACUAAGCUCUCUGCCUUCUCUCCAUUCCUACAGUAUUUCUACCCCUUUUUGAGCUUGUAAAUUUUUGGCUCCCAGUUGCUCACUGACCUGAGAUGAAUUCUAGGAUUAAUGUAUCUAUUUCAUCCCUAGUGAUGGAAUAGAUUUUCUUUUAAAAUUUACUGUAAUGAACAAGAUUUGAUUUUAUGACUUAUCUAAGUGUCAGUGUUGAGUUCUUUGCCUUGUCUGAUUUGAUAAUUAAAAUGACUUAGUGAGCCAGAUUGAUUCUGUAAAGUAUAUUGUUUAAUGGUGUAACCUUUUCAGCUCACUGGCAUCUCAUGGUUGAAUCUGAGAGUCCUUGUAUAUAUGUAUUUAUUGUUAAGAUCUUUUUGAUCAGGCCUCAACUUGUGGCUUCCAAAUUGUUGAAAUUAAUAGAAAGUUUAUUAAUAGAGACAUUUGAAUUGAGUGAAAUUUGUUAACCCAACACUGAUAUUCAUCUCUAAUUUUUUUCAUAAUUUCCUUACAAUCUGUCAGUUAUUCAGAUAAUUUCACAUUUUCCUAAAAGCAAUACUUUCAUUCCUGUUAGAUAUUAUCUACUUGCACUUUGUUUUGUAUAUGAUUUGCACAGAGGAUGUACAAAAUAUUAAAAAUGCUACAUUAUAACUCAUAACAGAAAAAAUACAUUCCCUAAAUUGACAUUGAGGAAAAUAAGAAACUAUAAUACAUACAUAAAUAUCCUAUGUAUUGUGCAUAGUUUACAAAUGUAUUUGCCCCAGUGUCAGUGUCUCUGCUGAGUCUUUGUAUAAAUACAGUUUUGUUAUUGAUUCCUUGGAAAAAGGAACCAUUAUAAAAAGAGUUGGAAUUAAAACCUGCAUUAUCACA